GAGUUUUGAAUACCUCUUUUUCUUCUCAAGUUUUAUUAUACAUUCGUAUAGUAUUUCAUAGGCUUUGAACAACAUUUGGUAUCAGAGCUAGAGAGCUAUCCGAGGGCCUAAAUUGGGAGGAACAAAACAAAACAAAAAAGAGUGAAAACAAUGCAGACUGCGGGUGGUAACAAUGGGAAUUCAAUCUCCCAAUUACCUAUGUUCAAGGGUUCAAAUUACCACUUUUGGAGUUUGAAGAUGAAGACUCUCUUCAAGUCUCAAGAGCUAUGGAGCAUUGUUGAUGAAGGGUUUGAAGAUGGACAACCGGAGGAACCAGAUCAAGCCUUGAGAGAUAGAAGAAAGAAAGAUGCAAAGGCUCUCUAUUUUAUCCAACAAGCCUUGGAUGAUGAGGUCUUUCCCCGGAUUGCUGCAGCCUCAACAUCCAAGGAAGCUUGGAGUUGUAACACUUGAGAUUUAAUAUAAACGAAUUAAUAGUACUACUCAUACCAACAGAGGUGCAUCUCCUUUUAAGGGAGCUCAUCACCAAGAACUCCAAAGUUAAGCGUGCUUGCACGGGAGCAGUCUUGGGAUGGGUGACCCCCUGGGAAGUUUCUCAGGGCGCGCAUGAGUGAGGACAAAGUGCGCGGUAAAGGCUCGUGGUGGUUUGUGGGGACAGUACUAUUGGUCCGGAGUAACUACCUCAGGUCCGGUGGGGCCGGGGUGUUACAGGUGGUAUCAGAGCCUAAGGUUUUUCCGUGGGAUUUUUCCAAACGUUUAAAAAAAAAAAAAUUCUAAAUAUAUUUUUCAAGAGUUUUGUAAUGUUUCGCAAACUCCGUUUUUGAGAUGCCA